AUGGAGGGGUCGUUACUAUGGACGGUAGAGUCGCUAAAGGGGACAAUGAGCACACACAAGGAGCUAGAGCUUAGGGUGAAGUUAGAUGAGGAGUCGUGUGUGAGCUUAGGGGUAGCAACUAUGUAUGGUAGUCGAGCUGGGCGUGCGUGCAAAGAGGAAAGGUCAGUAGCUUGUAAAAGGGAAAAUUUAAGUUUGUGGGGUGAAGGUUUUUGGAUGAGGAAGAGUUGUAGUAGAAAAAGGCGACCGGGUGAAGAUGGCCUUGGUCGUGGGUCAGAUAUUUCUUCUAGGGCCAAGUCUAAAGAAGUUAAUGUGGUGGAUAAUAAUAUGGAAUCAGGCUUGGCCGAGUCAGUGGAGAUGGUUAAUUUUGCUUCAUCAAGUGGCCCAAAUGUACAACAGAGAUGGAACUCCCCUGAUUCGGUUAAUCUUGGAGUUUACAUUGAUGAAGUAACAUCCAUGGAUAGUGACUUGACUGGAACUAAUGGUGUUUACAAGAGAGAUGACGUGGUUACUACCACUCAUGUUGAUGCCAAGUUUUUCUUGGAGUUCUUUCAUUCCCAGUUUUUAUUACAUUUUUAUGUUUAA